AGCUGCAGAAAGGUGUUUUUCUUCUGGUGCGGAUGCUGCAGUUAGUGCCUCGUGUCCAUGGGCAGCUCCCAGGCCAGCCAUGUGUUGCAUCUCAGAAUUGAAGCUACUGACAGCCUGGCAUCAGGACGCUGCUGCACCGAGCUGCAUUCCAGAAGGAAAACAUUCAGAGGGAAGCGCUGAGAAAGACCAAAGCAUGGAGCAGCUUCCUUGUCAAGAGGAACUGAGUUAGGUCUUAACCAACAUGGGAAGAGAAGAUUAAAGUUCCAUCAUGAUUGGAGGCUUAUUCAUCUAUAAUCAUAAAGGAGAGGUUUUAAUCUCUCGAGUCUACCGGGAUGACAUUGGCAAUAGGCGCAAUGCCGUGGACGCCUUCCGCGUCAAUGUCAUCCACGCGCGGCAGCAGGUCCGCUCGCCGGUCACCAACAUCGCCCGCACGAGUUUCUUCCACGUCAAACGCUCCAACAUCUGGCUGGCUGCUGUCACCAAGCAGAACGUCAACGCUGCCAUGGUGUUUGAGUUUCUGUACAAGAUGUGUGACGUGAUGACUGCUUACUUCGGAAAGAUCAGUGAAGAAAACAUAAAGAACAACUUCGUGCUGAUCUAUGAGCUGCUGGACGAAAUCCUGGAUUUUGGCUAUCCUCAGAACUCUGAAACAGGGGCCCUGAAGACCUUCAUCACUCAGCAGGGCAUCAAGAGUCAGCAUCAGACUAAGGAAGAGCAGUCCCAGAUCACCAGCCAGGUGACUGGACAGAUUGGGUGGAGACGUGAAGGGAUCAAAUAUCGUCGCAAUGAACUCUUCCUUGAUGUGCUGGAGAGUGUGAACCUCUUGAUGUCCCCCCAAGGUCAGGUUUUGAGUGCCCACGUCUCUGGCAGAGUGGUGAUGAAGAGUUACCUGAGUGGGAUGCCAGAGUGCAAGUUUGGCAUGAAUGACAAGAUUGUCAUUGAAAAACAGGGCAAAGGGACUGCGGAUGAAACGGGGAAAAGUGGCAAACAGUCGAUCGCCAUCGAUGACUGCACUUUCCACCAGUGUGUGAGGCUCAGCAAGUUUGAUUCUGAGAGGAGCAUCAGCUUCAUUCCACCGGAUGGAGAGUUUGAGCUCAUGAGAUACCGAACCACUAAGGACAUCAUCCUGCCUUUCCGUGUGAUCCCCCUGGUGCGGGAGGUGGGUCGGACCAAACUGGAAGUGAAGGUGGUGAUCAAAUCAAAUUUCAAACCUUCGUUGCUGGCCCAGAAGAUAGAGGUCCGGAUCCCAACACCCCUCAACACGAGUGGAGUGCAGGUUAUCUGCAUGAAAGGGAAGGCAAAGUACAAGGCUAGUGAGAAUGCCAUUGUGUGGAAGAUAAAACGAAUGGCUGGAAUGAAGGAAUCCCAGAUCAGUGCGGAGAUUGAGCUGCUGCCCACCAAUGACAAGAAGAAGUGGGCUCGGCCCCCCAUCUCCAUGAACUUUGAGGUCCCAUUUGCGCCCUCUGGGCUGAAGGUGCGUUAUCUGAAAGUCUUUGAGCCAAAGCUGAACUACAGUGACCACGAUGUGAUAAAAUGGGUGAGGUACAUUGGCAGGAGUGGCAUCUAUGAGACCAGGUGCUAGCCCCAGCGGGCUGGCAGGCUCCCUCUUCUCCAAGCCAUCCUCCACGUCUCCUCAGUCUUCAAGUACAUUCAGAGAACAUCUGCCUGGCCCCUCUACGCAGAUCGGCUGACCCCGUGGCUCACCUGGGAGCAGACUCUCCUGCCUGUGCUCAGUUACCACCCGCGUUGCAACUGAAGUUCAGGAUCAGGUUGUGUGCAGGGGUGCAGUCAGCCUCCUGCUCCCUGUCCCGGGGUGGGGAAGGGCUAGUCUAACUCCCAUCCUCUCGUGAUCUUUCUAGGGAACGUCCACCAUUAAACUUCUCUUCUGUUGGUGUCUCACUACUUGCAUCAUAUCCUAGUAUUUUUGAAGUUCUUGUGCAUAUGUACUCGUAGAAUAGACCUAAACAUAGACUGGACAAAUCUGAGUUGAAGUUACCCUGGCUUCUGUACUAGCUAUUGCUGUUGUGGUAGAUGUUGCUGGCCAGUCUGGGAUGCCUGAGGUGGUGAGUUUGUUGGGCUUCUGCCACAGGAGGCGGUGGGCUCCCUGGAUCUUGCCGCCUUCUUAUUUCUUGCAAAGUCUUCAGUAUCGAGUCCUGCUUUGGGAAGGUUUGUGACCAAACAAGGAUGAGGGUUUAGACUCUUGCUGGUGUGUAUGUGGGUGGCACAGCAUUUCAGGUCCAUAGAGCACUUACCCCAACCCACUGCUGGCUCGAGCCAGUCGUUCCUUUCCAAAUGAAUUGGAAAUAAGGCCACCUCCAUCCCGGGGGGUGUGGGUCAGCUGAGCUCUGUCAGGAUGUGAACAGGGUCUGUCCUCUGGAAUCUAAAAUGCAACUGGCACUAAGAGCCCCCUGCCCCAGCCUGCCCUCUCCGCACUUCUACCAAAUGCUUCUGGGCCAUAGGAAUGCUGCUGCUACCCACAGUCCCGCUUCUGGUAGUGUGGUCUCCAUUUUGUACACUUUGUGAUUUGUCCAGCUCUGAAUCUAAUAAAGUAUGUAGAACGGA